GUUUCAGGAGGAGAAGCUUUCUGAAUGGUUGCUUAUGAAGUAGAAAGGACCGCGUUGUCAAUACAUGUUGAAAAUUGUGAAUACAUCUUUGGAAAUACACUUUUGUGAAUACUCCUUUGUGAAUACACCGUUGUGAAUAUACCUUUGGAAGAUUUGAAGGACAAACGUUAAACAUAGCCUCUCAAUUUCGAAGAUAUCAUCGAUUGGGACGGUUCGAGAUAGAUAUUUGCAAAGAAGUAAUUUCACAGAUUGGUAUAUGUUGAAAUUUAAUUUGUGGUCACGCCGCAUUGUUGCGGGGAUAUCGGCGUUACCUUCCUUAAUCAGUUUACAUUAUAUCCGAUUUCUAAAUGCUUUUAUUCGGACAGGUUUAGGAACAGGUUUAUACUGUCUUGUUCAUUUCUUAUUGAUAGUAAUUGUUGGAUGCGAAUAUCUGAUCCUAUUCCCAUAUGAGCAACAAGUACGGCCAUCAUUUCGCAUUCCUCUAUACUAUGCUUUCGGAGCAUAUCUAAUUGUUUGCAUCCUCUUUCAUUAUCAGAAAGCGUGCUCAGUGGAUCCUGGACGACCAGAAUUUUCUGAUGCGGAACCACUGUGCAUCUCUUGUGGAUACCACAAACCGGAAGGGACACAUCAUUGUUCGCUUUGUGGUCGUUGUGUGUUAUAUAUGGACCAUCAUUGUGUAUGGAUCAAUCAGUGUGUAGGCCUCAAUAAUCAUCGCUAUUUCUUACAAUUCGUUAUCUAUGUAUGGUUUUCCCAGUGCUUCAUACUCACUGCCAACUAUGCUGCAUUUUGGGAACACUUCUAUUCCGUUAAUCGCAUGUCAGUGGUACCAUAUUGUGCUCAGCAUUUAUCAUUGGCACCGUGGCGUGGGUGGCUUUGUUCACUGGUACCAAAUCUCCUAACCAGUUAUAUUUGUUUCGUUUAUGGACUCGCAGCGCUUUUAUUCAUCAUUCUUGGAAUGUUCGCAGCAUGGAACAUGUAUUUAAUCUCAAUUGGCGAAACAUUCGUCGACUACUUGCAACAUCGUGAUUACCGACGGAGACAGCAGAGAUGGCGUUCACCAAACGAUCUCGGAUUCGUGGAGAACUGGCGUUGUUUCUUGGGACUGAAACAAGAUCGCAGUUUCAUACGGCACAUUCUGUUGCCCUCCUCUCAUUAUCCCAUUGAUAGGCGUCUCAUAUGUAAAAGUGAUGUUCUCCCUUUCGUUGUAUGAUUGAAUCAAUUCGUCAAGGCUAAUGGCAGAUGUAUGAUCCAGAACAGAUACGCGUGGACGUUCAAACAGUUCACCACGUCGUAUUUUGAGUAGUGUUUCCUCUCUCGUUGUGCUGCUCAUUGUACUUUCCCGUAUGCCGAAUGGUAGGUUUUGUUUGCUUCGACUAGGCACCGAGAGGCGCUCCUCGCUUGCUUGACGUGCAUUAAAACGUGGUUCGAUUGUCAGAACUGUUGGUUCAAUUCGUUCCAGGUUCAGCUGCCGUAUCGAGUGCGAGUUUUGACUCGGAGUAUUUUGUUCUUUUGCUUGUCUGUAAUUAUUUUACGGUUAUGACCUCUGAUUUGGUUUCUUUUUUUUUUUUAAAUUAGAUUUGGCUUUUAUUCAUGCAAGUUGCUACCAAAUAGCCUGUUCUCGGUUUUGCUUAUUUCCAUUCUUGUCCUGCUAUAUGCUUAUUUUCGAUAUGAAUUAUUCAUUUUGAAUUUGGUAACAUGAAAACAUGAUCUAAUUGUUCACAGCGGAAAAGGAAAUAUUCUUUCAUUUUCUGACAGCUAACCUCGAUGAAUCUCUAUAUUGUACUACACUGGAAGCAUUUUCAGUCACUGUAGGCACUCUUGCAUCGUUCCUAGCGCCAUUAUUGUUUAUAGCAACACUAUUAGUUUUCUGGAUUUCGGAGCUUCCGAUAUGUAGUACUGUAGCGGAUGUUGCAGCCCGCUGCACAUCGAUUCCCGUAACCAGACGCUGGUUUGCAUCGGAACUGCCAAUGCGCGAUAACGCGCGUUGCUUUUUGCAUUUCCGGUAACAUACGAAAAGUAGGAUAAGCGUGAGCAGAACGAGUAGGAUUAUAAACAACCAGAUAUUGAAACUGAUGGGAGACUUCGCAAGACCAUUACGCAUCAUUUCUUUUUGUGGAAGGUACGGUAUCGUGGUGCCAUCUGAAAGUAUUUCCUUUGGAUCAGUUCCUUGUUGUAUCGGUGACUGUUGAACAUUGCUAAGCGUCAAACGUUACCUUGGCGACGCUUGCAUAUAUAUUCAUGGCGAUUUCUGCAGUCAUCCACAGCUAAGAUUUCUCCCUUCCUGUUGCGCCAGUCUAUAUAAGCGCACUCUUGUCCCGAACGACUCCCGAUGAGUUUCGGUAAACUGAAACUAUUAGAUAAAUUGGAUAAUAUUUAUUACUGACUUUCUGUAUAUUUCUAUUUUGUGACAUAAAAGCAAAGGCUUAUCAUAGUA